CCGAAAAGAGCCUCCGUAAAUUUUGAGCUGCUUUGUCACAUGUCCGCUAGACAUUGACCACCCGUUCGCAAUAUCUACUUCCCGUUUCUCGUAGGAUGAGGCUGGUGGGCGAGUUUGUCUUGUCACCUCCCACACCUACAGAUACUUCUAUCUCCCACCAACACGAGAGCCACGAGCACCGAAUAGGAACAAGCAAGUCCUACACGGGGGCGAGACGAGACAUAUGCCUGCCAGCAUACCUACCUACCUGCAUACAAGCACGGGGCAUACCUACAGCCAGAUAUUUCGCCUUUCGCCUAUCUACCAUAUGCACCAUCCUCGCCCGCCCAACCAAACAAUCAUACUGCAAGUCGCCCAAAACCACCAAGACAAAACGUUCUAGACUCUCAACCGCCCCCGACCCCUUUCCUACCGGUCCCCGGUUCCCGCCAACACGCCGGUGCCGUCCGUCGCACAGCAUGAGCUGGUACAUGACAGGCAUGCACGAAACGCCAAAUCAGACAGCUCCAGCGACCGCCCAUUCCCUCCCCCGCAAAAUGCACGGCACGGCGUUUGGACCCUCGAUGGUGCAGUUGUUCCAGUCCUUUCGGCGUGUCAGUGCAUGUGUGCUUGUACUGUGCGUGUGGUAGCAGCGGUAGGUAAGGAAGCACCAGUGCCGGGCCACCUUGUCGUUC